UAUCUUCAACAUCCUCUCUCUCUCUCUCUCUCUGUGUGAUAAAAGAGUCAAGCUUUUCGUCUGAAAAAGCAUCUCUGGAGAAACAAAGAGAGAAGACGCCAUUAAUGGAGAUAGACAGCACAACUUCUUCUCCAUACAUCACUGCUCCUUCAAGCCCUACACGAUUCGGUAUCACCUCCUUCACAAGCCCUCCUUCUCCUUCCAAUUCGUCAUCUUUCCGCAGUUCGAACGCGCCCUUUGACGAAUCCUCCAGGAAGAGAUCAUCGGCGAGCGAUUUCUCGGAAGAUUUCGAGUUCGAUUUCAGUGGCCAGUUGGAGAAAGGAUCAUUUUCCGCCGCUGACGAGCUCUUCCAUGGCGGAAAGAUCCGUCCUUUACGCCCACCUCCUGGCUAUGAACAUGAACACGCCUCUGAGAUUUCGUCUCCGAGAUCUAAGGAUCUGAAAAAAGAUGGGUUUGAUCUGUUUCAGAAGGAAGUGGAGUCGUCUAACCAGAAACAACGAGGGAGAGAUCGGUCACAGGGUCUGUCCUCUUCAGGUUUUGUUCACAAGGGAAGCCGCUCUUUAUCUCCUUUGAGGGUUUCAGACAUAAUGCUCGAGGAAGAAGACGAGAACUCUUCAUUACAGCCUACGAGAUUCGUCUCUUGCGCCGCAAGCAACCGAAAAACCUCCGUCUCCUCCGCGAUUUUCUCGGCCUUUUCGUUCCCGGGAAGAGCCUACAAGAAGUGGAAACUCAAGGACCUGUUGCUUUUCAGAAGCGCAUCCGAGGGAAGACCAGUUCCUACCAAAGAUUCCUUAAACAGAUACGAGAUUCUGUCGAAGAAAGAGGUCGAAGAAGAGGCGAAAAACUCGAGUUUCCGGUCGACGGAAAGCGCCGGUUCCUCGGCCUCCAGGUCAUCAUGGUCGAGGCCGAGGUCACAGCCAGCGGUGUCGGCUCACGAGCUGCAUUACACGGCGAACAGGGCAGUGUCGGAGGAGAUGAAGAGGAAGACUUUCUUGCCUUACAAGCAAGGUUGGUUAGGGUGCUUAGGGUUCAACCCUGGUGUUCAUAACAUUUCCAGAGUCGGGUCUUUGACACGUGGAGGUUCUUGAUUUCUUCUGAAAUUUCAUCACUUUGUAUUUAUUUUUGUUUUUCUUGUCUAAUUUUUAAAUGGUUCAAACAUUUGUUGGGUUAUUAUUUUUUUUUGGUCCAUCACAUUGAUGGAUAAUGCCAUAUUUGUUUAAAGAUUCAUACAUAAAGAUAUAAAAAAUAAACAGAGGAAUU